ACGACUAAAUUUGUAACCCACUGUAAACGUCAAGCGGUGAAAAUCAUCUUUUGUGUUAUUUUUCUGUGAAAUUUUCUCAAAAAAAUACGCGAAAAUCAAAAUGUUUCGCUCAUCAACUUUUGAAAAAACUCUUGAAAAUGCAACAAGCCAUCUUCGUCUUGAACCCGAUUGGCCAUCAAUUCUUCUAAUUUGCGAUACAAUUCGUCAAAAUGAUGUUACACCAAAACAAGCCUUUCUGGCAAUUAAGAAGAAAAUGUCAUCGCCAAAUCCACAUUCAGCUUGCUAUGCCCUCUUGGUAUUGGAAAGUGUCGUGAAGAAUUGCGGACAACCAAUUCACGAGGAAGUAUUUACAAAGGAAAAUUGCGAAAUGUUUAGCACUUUUCUCGAACAAACUCCUCACGAGAAUGUUCGCCAGAAAAUGUUGGAACUUGUGCAGACUUGGGCAUAUGCAUUCCGGUCAUCUGAGAAAUAUCAAUCAAUCAAGGAUACCAUGACAAUUCUCAAAGCCAAAGGCCAUACAUUCCCCGAACUCAAAGAAGCCGAUGCAAUGUUUACCGCUGAUACUGCACCCGAUUGGGCCGAUGGCAAAGUGUGUCAUCGUUGUCGCGUAGAAUUUUCAUUUACACAACGCAAACAUCAUUGUAGGAAUUGUGGACAGAUUUUCUGUAGUCAAUGUUCCACUAAACAAUGUCCUCUGCCAAAAUAUGGCAUCGAAAAAGAUGUACGUGUCUGCGAUGGGUGUUACACAAGCUUACAGAAGCCCUCCAGUGGAAAGCCUCGUCCAGCUGAAAAUGACCUACCAGCUGAAUAUCUAAACAGUUCUUUGGCACAGCAGGUCCAGGUGACACCACCAAGAAAGAGCGAACAAGAACUAAAGGAGGAAGAAGAAUUGCAAUUAGCCCUGGCACUUAGUCAAUCAGAAGCCGAACUAAAGAAAAAACAGCCAGCAGUAACUACUUAUCGAAUGCUACAACGAUCACCAAGUCCCGAAGCACCACCACCAACUCCUGGUGUUGUUGAAGAUCCCGAUUUGGCUAAAUAUUUAAAUCGCAGUUAUUGGGAACAAAGAAAAGUUAAUGAAUCACCAGCCAGUCCAUCGGCACCAAGUCCAAUGCCUCAAUUGACACCAGCUCCAAUUAUAAGUAAUAAGAUGUUGCCCGAUGAAGUUCAAAUCGACGAAUUUGCCAACAACAUGCGGAGUCAAGUUGAAAUAUUUGUCAAUCGCAUGAAAUCCAACUCAAGUCGUGGACGUAGUAUUUCCAAUGACAGUUCGGUGCAGACACUUUUCAUGACUCUGACUUCGUUGCACUCAAAUCAGUUGUCAUUUAUUAAAGAAAUGGACGACAAACGUAUGUGGUAUGAACAACUUCAAGAUAAAUUAGCCCAAAUCAAGGAUUCUCGUGCUGCUCUUGAUGUCCUCAGACAAGAACAUAUUGAAAAACUUCGUCGUAUUGCCGAAGAACAAGAACGUCAACGUCAAAUCCAAAUGGCACAGAAACUGGAAAUAAUGAGAAAGAAGAAACAAGAAUAUUUGCAAUAUCAAAGGCAAUUGGCUCUACAGCGAAUUCAAGAACAAGAACGUGAAAUGCAAAUGCGUCAGGAACAACAAAAGGCUCAAUAUCGAAUGGGCCAGACUGCUUUUCCAUUCAUGCCGAACCCAAAUCAACAUGCUUCUCCUAACCAUCAAAUGAAUAACAUUUACAAUCCUUAUGGAUUUAAUCCCAAUUCACCUGGUCCAGUGCCACCACAAUUUAAUCCACAAGGACAAGUUGGGCCACAGCCUGGUCAAGGAAUUCCUCCACAAGGUGUUCCACCUCAACAUCAACCAAACAUGAAUGCUGCGCCAAUGCCUGGAAUGUAUACUCCCGGAAUGCCUGGUGUACCAUUACCCAAUCACCCUGGCAUGAUGGUUGCUGGAAUGCCUCACAGCCCAAUGGUGGGCGGUCAACACAUGAAUCCAAUCCCAAAUCCAGCUGAUGGAAUGCCAAAUAUGAAUGUUCCUAAUCCAAGUACACCCCAACAACAUCCACAUUCGCAAAUGAAUCCUCAAUUAACUCAUGUAAUGCUUCAGCAAAGUGUGGCUAAUAAUCAAUCUCCUAUUCCAACUGGUAUGAUUCAAACAACUCAAGCUCCACCUUCAAUGGUUCAUCCAAUGCAACAACCUCCAGUUAAUGGACCACCAAUUGUUGGACCUGUUUCAAUACCAAAUAUGAAUCCACAACAACCACCCGUUCAGGCAACAACCGCUCACCCAACUCAGCCUCAGGCACCUGCUCCAAUUGAAAAUACCCCAGCAGAGCCAGUAGCUCCACCACAAGCGAAAGUUGAAGAGCCACCCAAAGAGGAAGUUACUACAGCUGAACUAAUUAGUUUCGAUUAAAUUGUGUGUUUUUAUGUU